GAUUUUAUAAAUUUUAUUUGUUGUUUAUAAAAAUUGUAUUGGUUAGAAGCAAAACGGUUUGAUUUUGUAUUUAGAAUAAAGCAGGAGAGAGUAAAACAGAGCAUUAAAUGUCAAGGACAUUUUUUUCCUAGCACUAGCAUUGUAUGGAAGGAAGCAGUAACCAGAUAACAUAAGGGUCCCAGCUGAUUCUAACCUUCAAAAAGUUUCUCUCUCUUGUGUAAGCCAUCCUCAAUAGAAACUGGUUGGAAAUAUUCUAUGCAAUCUUCAGUCGUAUUUUAUCUUGGAAACAGUCACUUUGUGUGAUAUCUACAAGUAAAGAGUAAUUUUUUUAGGUUUAUAAAGUUUAAUUAAAUAAUUUUCUUACAAAAAUAGAAUACAAAUUUGUACUAUUUUGUUCAUUUAUGUAUUUAUGUCUUAUAAAUACAUAAAUGAAUGAUUAUCAGAAUAUCAAUACUCAACAAAGGAUAAAAAUGGGGCCUGCCUUAGUCACUGCUGUAUAGAAAGACAUUACUUGAGAGUAAACAAUUAAUUGUUUUUACCGGAACUGUUGGUCGUGCUGAAGGCUCAGCUGAACUUCAAGUACUAAUGAGUGUACCGGUUGGAAUUUGUCCAGAAAUCAAGUUGUGAUCACUUUCAUGGUCCACUGUGUUUAGGAAGAACCACUGGAUAUUUAUAUCAGAGUUCUUUAAAAUUUUUCUGUGAAAUUUGUUUUAGGAUUAACAGAAAUAUGAAUCUUUGUAAAUAUGAGGUUGCACUUGUACUGGGUUUCACUAUUCAAUACCAGAAUGGCAUACAAACCUUUGUUUGGUAUAUAGUAAAACAUGUGUUGCCUUUAGUUCAAAUACACAUCAAAGAAUAUAACAUGUCAUUUUGUAUGAACUUUUUAUUUGAAUGUCUAGUAAUAAAACACAUUUUAUUUUAAUAAAUUUUCAUUUUAAAUUAACAUAAACUAUUUGUUAUUAUUAGUGUUUAUUAAACGUUUCUAUAAAGAUAAUAUCUAGUUUUAUAUUAAUAAUAUUAGGUAUAUAUUACGGUGUAGUGAGUGAGGUAUAAUAAUAAAUUAUUGUUUUAUACACUGUUAGAGUUUAAAAUUUUGCACUAACAAUUUAAGGGUUACUUUUAUUAACUACUAGCUGUUACAUGCGGCUUCGCAUGCAAAGUUCAAAAUCAAAGUCCUUAUAGUACUCAGUAAACACUUAUUAUGAAAUAUCAUGACCCUACAAAAUUUUUCAAACUUAAUCAGACUACAUAGAUUUAGCUAGCAUAUAAAGCUGUAACAUGACUUUCAGUACUGUCUUUGGUUUCUGCCACAAUAAAAUGGUUUUGAACAUAUGAAUUUUUUAGUAAAUACCAGUUAGAAUAACAACAAAAUUUAUUGUCCAAAUUAAGAUUCACUCCCUUAUUGGUUGCAGUAAUUAUAAGUAAAAACACUAAUUUAUAAUACAUUAGAUAUAAAUAAAACUAGCAGUAUGACUUGAAAACAAGGUCUCAUUUUAUUCAAAGAAUGCCGUUCAUGUUAUCUUUUAUGUAAUAAGUUUGUAAAUUAGCUUUGUCAUUGUUUUUUAUUCAGUUUUAUCUGUUUUGUUCCCAAAAUGUUUACAGUGUGCUACUUGAUAAGAAGGAUACUUGACCGAAAAGAAAAUGGAGGGGAUUGGUGAAGAGAGGGUAGAGUAGUCUUCAAUCUGUAGAGACCUUGAGAAGAUAUUGGAGAUUAUUGUAUUAAAUUACCUCAUAUGAGUGUGGCCUGCAUUCAGCUGUAGCUCAGCUUUUAAUACAAGUCAUGAAAGGUUCGUUUCUGCUGUCAGUCGUGCUUCUCCAAGCACUGGGCUGUGGUCUUGGGGCAAGGAUACUGGUUGUGCUACCGUUUCCUGCCAGGAGUCACUUUUUCUUCUUGUCAGCCAUCUUGAAAGCCUUGUCUCAGAGAGGACAUCACAUUGUUGAAUAUAGCCCCUUCCCUCCUAGUAAACCUCUUCCUAACUACACCCACGUUGAGGUCCAUACAUUCCUUGAGGAUCUUGUCAAUGAUUGGAGUUUUGAAGAAUUUGAGGAAAUGGCCCAAAAGGACCAGCCGGUUGUUGGUUUAGGAUUUAUGAGUAUAUGGAACAUUUCAAGUGCAGUGUGUGCAGAAGCAUUUCAACAUGAAAACUUUAAAAAACUUAUCAACUCCAAUGAAAAAUUUGAUCUUGUAAUCACAGAAUCUUCAUUUGGACAAGAAUCAAUGCUUGUUUUUGGACACAGAUUUAGUGCACCAACAGUGACUCUGCAGACAUUCUCCUCCUGGAGUGGUAUUAACAAGAAUGCAGGAAAUGCCUUAUCAAUCGCUUUCAUCCCUGAUAUCAUCUCAUAUAUAGCCUCCGAUCAAAUGUCUUUCCAUGAGAGAUUCUUGAACUUCAUCUCUACUGUGACGACCCUCUUUAUGUACUACAAUCACCAGCUUCCAUUACAAGACAAUGUACUGAAAGAGAACUACAAGAUGGAUGCUCCCCCUGUAGCUGACAUGGUUAGCAAUGUCUCGCUGUACCUCAUCAACACUCAUCCUACUGUGGAGUAUGCGCAACCUUACACUCCAAAUAUCAUUCCUGUUGGAGGAAUUGUAAUAGAACCUGACAGAACAUCUCUUCCUGAGGACAUCAAGAAAUUCAUGGAUGGAGCGUCCAAAGAGGGGGUGAUUUACUUCAGUUUGGGAACCUUAGUGCCUAUUCAUCGUAUGCCAAAAGAAAAAUUGCAAAUGUUUGUGAAUGUCUUCAGUAAACUAAAACAAAAAGUGCUGUGGAGGAUUAAUCUUGACACCAUACCUGGCCUCUCUGCUAAUGUGAAGUUAACAAAAUGGGUUCCUCAACCAGGGGUCUUAGCUCAUCCAAAUUGUGUUUUGUUCUUGACACAUGGGGGGCUGUUUGGACAACAGGAAGCCAUCCAUGCAGGAGUACCAACUGUUAAUAUUCCGUUUUUUGGAGAUCAGCCAUACAAUGCCAAGUUUGCGGAGCAUCGUGGCAUCGGAGUCAAACUUAUGUUUAACGAUUUGUCCGAUGAAACUAUCUCCACUGCUAUUAGAACCGUCCUGGACAAUCCAAAGUACAAAGAGAAUGCUCAGCGAAUAUCUCGUAUAUUCCGGGACAGACCAAUGUCCCCAGCUGACUCAGCAGUGUUCUGGGUGGAGUAUGUGCUGAGGCAUAGAGGAGCUCAUCAUCUGAGAUCUGCAGCCACACAACUGUCCUGGUACCAGCUGGCUCUCCUGGACAUCCUGGCAGUUUUCAUGGCUGUCAUUGUCAUCCUUUGCUUUGUCUUAAGGAGGAUAUACUCAUUAUUGUUCGUCUGGAAGAAACAACCUAAAGUGACAAAAAAGAAAAAGGAAAAUUAAGAUAACACCACCUUAUGAAGACUACAAAGUAUUCGAGUCUUCUUCCAAAUGUGUCCCUUGAAGCUAAACACUCUGAAUACAAAAUCGAAUUUUGAAAUAAUUAAUCAUGUAGAUUCUUUAAUCUAAAGAAGUGUAUUAUAGUUAGUUUACUGAACUUUCUUAUUAUGGUAACAAUAACCCAUAAGGUUGAAGUCAAUUAUGGCAUAAACUUUGGCGAGUGAUUUCAAUUUUAAUGAGGCAUGUUCUGAUAUAGUUCUUUACAUUGAUUUUAGCUAACACUGUGCUACAAAUUACACACAGUGAGUAUGGAAAAGAUGUUCAUUAUCAACAUUUAAAGUGAAAGCUAUAUGUUAUAUUCUUCAUAACACAUUAUUUUAUCUUUAACUACUAGAUUUUUUAAGAAAAUGAGCCUCGCAUCCAUAUGAAGAUUGUGUGGCAGAAACAUAGUAUUUGAUUAUGUGUGGCAUUUGAAUGUUUCUGUUGUGUGUCCCUUGAUAGCAAAAACAGGAUGUUUCAAGUGCCUUCAUAUUUUAACAUUGGAUGAGAUCUUAUAAUGAAUGUUUUAAAAUGUAAUGUUGUUGUUGAUCUUGGAAUGUUGUAAAAAUUAAAGGUACCAUAAUACACAAGAGACCUGUCACAAGACUGAAACAAAAUAAUUGUUGAAUAACACAUGAAAUCAGGUAGAAAAUAAUUGUUAGUAAUAUAAGAUGUCCUUAUUAGCAAUGAGAUAUUUAGGGAGUUCUUUACUAUCUACUUGUUUUAAAUUAGUUAAAUAAUUGUCUUUCCAUAUAAAGAGGUUUUUUUAAGAUAAUGAGGUAAAUGUGGGAAAUGGAGAAGUUAUUCAAACCUCUAAAGUACCUCCCAGGUUUAAUUCUAGAUAACAGUCAAAUUGUAUACUCUGUAUUCUGAAGACAUGACUUAAAGAGAUUAUAAUCUAGAAAAUUCAAUCCAGA